AUGUGGAUAAACCUCACAUCAAGAGCAAGUGAAGAGUAUAUAAAUGGGGUCACCAAUUUCUUAGAUUUUGCCUUUGCCAAAUUAUCCGAAGAUGGUAAAAUUUGGUGUCCUUGUGUUAAAUGUGUGAACACAUAUAGAGUGUCCAGAAGAGAAGCAUUUGAUCACAUUAUUUGUGAUGGCUUUCUUAAAGGAUAUGUUCGAUGGAUUUUUCAUGGGAAAACCAUGGAAGUAGCUACUUCUACUGUUAUAAGUAAUGAAGAAGAAAUAGUGUUUGAUAAUGAUAUUCAUGAGUUAUUGCAUGACAUGAUGGCCGAAGAAGAUAUGAAUGCUGAUGUCCAUAUUAUGCAAUCAGAAGACAGUCACUGGGGCCAACAUUAUACUCACAGAAUUCAUAGUGACAAUUUUUAUAACUUGCUUAAAGAUGCUAAGGUGGAAUUAUAUCCGGGUUGCAAGAAUUUCACAAAAUUCUCUUUUGCUAUCUAUUUGUUCCACAUUAAAUGUUUUAAUGGGUGGACUAACAAAUCCUUUAGUGCAUUACUAGAGCUGCUGAAACUUGUUUUACCGGAAGGUAAUACAUUGCCAAGGUCAUAUCAAGAACUAAAAAAGAUGAUUUCCGCAUUAAGUUUGGGUUAUGAAAAAAUUCAUGCUUGUCCCAAUGAUUGCAUACUAUUUUGGAAGGAGAAUGCAAAUGAAGAUAAAUGCACAAAAUGUGGAGCUUCAAGAUGGAAAGAGAACUUGAAUGUUGGAAAAAGUGAUUCUGAAGAUGCUUUCACAAAAAAGAAAAAGAAAGCUGCCAAAAUAUUACAAUGGUUUCCUCUUAUUCCAAGAUUACAAAGGUUAUUUAUGUCUUCAAAAACUGCUUCUCUAAUGACUUGGCAUGAACAUGAACGCACCAAAGAUGGAUGCCAAAGACAUUCUGCAGAUUCUCAAUCUUGGAAAGAAUUAGAUUCUCGAUAUCCUCAAUUCUCCUCUGAUCCUCGUAGUGUUCAGUUGGGAUUAGCUUCUGAUGGUUUCAAUCCAUUCAAAACUAUGACUAUUGUUCACAGUGCUUGGCAUGUUAUCUUGAUACCUUAUAAUUUACCUUUAUGGAUGUGUAUGAAGCAGUCAAACUUUAUUCUUUCCUUGCUUAUUCCUGGUUCAAAAAGGACCUGGAAACAAUAUAGAUGUAUACUUGCAAACGUUGAUUGA